AUGACACCAGCCUCGGCACCCCCCAACAGCGUUGAGCUGACGCCAUGGGAGCAACGGACUCUACCGUGGCGCAGGCGUCUCAUCUACAUCCGCGCCGUGUACACGUUCAUUUCCGGCGUAGUGCUCUCCAAGCUCUCCCCAGAUGCGCAGAACCUCCACUGGCGCCAGCGCCUCGCCUUGUCCAUCCUGCAGUCCAAGUCGGCUGUCCUGACCCCAAGACAGCGGGCUUUUAGCCCGCCCAGCGCAUUAACGGGUGAUCUCAUCCGUGAGUACUGUUACGCCAAGAGCGUCUCCCUGCGCUCUGUCACAGCCUCGACUGCCGGCGGCCAGCACUUUGCAACCCCGCCUGCCGUCCUGCACAUUAUCACUCCGCCUGGCGCCCCAGCCACCGGCCCAACCAUCUACUAUGCCCAUGGCGGCGGCUACCCAAACCCUAUUGCAGUCGCGGGGGCACAUUCCCAUGGCUCUGCGCCGCGGGGAAAGACCAUCAGCGCAAAGCAAUGCCGGCGCCCACCUCGUGGCCCUCGCUGCUGGGGCACUUUGCCGGGCCGCCACCUUACCCGCUGCCGAUUGACUGCACGGAGACCAACUCGCUGCCGCUGUGAUCAUUUCGCGUGGAUUGCCAUGACCACGGAACAGGUUUCUUUCGACGCAAACGAGGCAACGGACUUUUUGGACCGCAAAGCAUCGUUGCUGUUCAAGUUUGGGUUUGCGCCCAACGUCGACGAGCCUUGGGCAAACCUGCUCGACGCGCCUGAUUCUGUUCAAGUAUGGGACAGCGUGCUCAGACCUGCUGCUGGUAAGCCUGUCGUCCGGAAGGCCAUCGUCUUGACGGGUACUGCCGAGGUCCUGAUGGAUUCAAACAUCGAAUUCAGCAAGGUGCACCUCAGGGGGGCAGAUCUUGUCGUCGAUAAGGGGACGGAUGUUCCUGCACGGUUCCCAGAUGCAGAUUACGUGUUUGUUGCGGCUGUGGGCGAGGCGCAUACACAGACCAUUUUGGAUGCUGCGGUGGGCUAUGAUGAGGGAAACAUGUCGCGGGCCAUCCGCGAAUUCCUCAAGCGACUGUGA